GGAAGCACAGCUCUCACAAACGUGUUGCUCCUUGUUGGUGUUACUCUACGCAGGAGGAUUCUCGCCGCGGCUGCCGAGGAAAAUAAAAUCCCUCGUCGCGUUCGUCGUCGAAAAGUUGCUCGGAAAAUCGGGGUCGCUUCUUGAAGACGUCUGCGUACUGCGUUUCUACGAGAGUGAAAUCCGUUGUCCUUCUCCGGGAACUGUCUCAGCGAGGAUGUUGCACGAAAGCGGGUGAUGCGUCUCCCAAGACUUGAUCGAAGAAGCUACCCCUUGAUAUCGUUACGUGUGGUACCUGCCUGUCACCUUACCAAGUGUCACCAGUUGCAUGUCGGAUGCUGGAAGUGAAAUACGUGCAGUCCCCAGGAAGAGUUAGUCAACAAAGUCAACGUAUUUCUUCGGACCAUUGGUAACGUGUGACUGUAGCGGUCGCUUCGUGAGAUAUUAGUGGUGCUGCCGUCUGCUUUGUGACUUGACACACACCUUGCUGCAGGCUGCUGAAGAAAAUUUCUCAAUUCGAGCUUCUGGAACUGAAAAUGUAUUCUGGUUUCUGCUGAAGUUGUGUUCCACUGCAAGACCAGCUUCGUCGCUCUGUGCGCGCGAAUACUUCAGGGUACCGCUACGCUGGCGUCUGAAACACGGUAUAUUCAACUGCAGCGCAGAAGUUAUGCUUUGGGAGUGUCGGAUAGAAGCAAGCCCGGAUACUGUGAGUGAUCAGUGCGUCGCUGUGCAACCUAGGAAUAAACAACGCUGCACCAUUGUCCGGUACACCACGGAGCAAUGACCUUCCUAGCUUCUAUCUGCGGUUAGCAUUGGUCUGCUCUGCGCAUGCCAAUACUUGUGAGUGUUGUAACACUGGUGAAAACUGACCGAAACUCUUCAUCUCGCGACUAUAAGAGAGAGAAAGAAAGAUAUCAAAAGAGAGAGAGAGAGAAAGCAGUGACGGCGUUGGACUCGUGUCUCGUUUUGCAGUGCUAACAAAGGACGAACGAAGCACUUUUAUCGAUAAGAUUCGAAGUGAGACACAACAAGGCAGAGAAUAGUACGCCGCACGCGCCAAAAACAUACUCGAGAUUCUGCAAGAUUGUUGGCUGUCUUCGAUACGAUAAGAUAUAUACUCGGGGAGAGGCGUAGUUUUUCCUCUUCCAAUGCUUCUGGGACGCUUGUAUCAAACAGUAGGUGCUGUUGUGGUUCCACAAACCAACGUGACGUCAUGGGUUUUUCGUGACGACAGCAUGCGGGUUCCAUCUCGGUGUGGAAAGAAAGUGGUCGAGCAACGUCGCUCGAGCGCCGGUGACGUCGAAACUGUCCUCCAUGGUUGGCAGACUCCGACUUCAGAUGAGGGCUCGAGUUCGACGGUGGACGUGGCUCUGCUGGCGGAGGCCCACGGGCUGGUGACAGACAUGUUGGCUGAUCCCAACCUUCCGCCACACGUGGUGAGCGGCCUCCGGGCGCUGGCCACCCUCCUGUCACCGCCCAGUCACGGCCCACCGCGCGGACCUCGGCCCGGAGGCGCCUCCGUCUCCCUGGCCGACUUCAACUCCGGCUCGGACACGGAGGAGAUUCCAUAUACCGGAGAAAGACCGUCGGCUCUGCCCAAGAGGCUGCGCCGCAAUCUUCCUCCGAGCCUCCUCCGGCGCAUGUCAACGAGCACGUGGACCACGACAACCUCGGCAACCGGCAUGCCCACCCUGGAACCAGAGCCCAGCCGGAAGAGGAGCACUAGUUUCAGGCACAUGGCCGAAGGAGGAGGUGGAGGAACGGCUCCCACUCACGCGGUGCUCUCGCCUUCUGCCCUGCCUAACCACGCACAGGCCAAUGCCAGCUGCGGCCGUGGUGGUUCUGCAGCAGCCCCGGUGCAACCCAAGGGCCGUUCGUUCUCGACGACAGCCCUUCCUGCAUCGGCAGCUUCUAUUGGUCGGCGGGGCAUCCGCGAGCGGAAGACCGUCUGUAGCCUCCAUCCUCUUUCCUUGGCCACGUCGCCACCUUCGUCACAGGAGGCCACAGACGAUACCGAUGCGGAACCUCGCAAUGGACCAUCGUCCCAGCAGCCUGUGUCGACGGGGGCAUCGCAGCACUCCCCUCACCCGGCGACGUCGGUGACCCUCCGACGGCUGCACACCUCCGACUACGACUCGAGCAACGACUCGCCCGGCGGUUCCGACAACAACGAGGGCCUCGGGGUGGGCGGCGGCGAGGCGGCAGCCGCUGCUACGGGAGCCGUGGGCUCCGUGCAAGCAUCACCGCACGCCGCAGCACGACACCAGCGGUUGCCGCCCGACCGCUGUGCCCUCUGCGGGGCAAGGAUCGUCGGGCCUGUCACGCACGACGACGCAAACCAUGCCAACGGCUCCAGCAGAGCAGAGGACGCGGAUCUGGACGGGGAAGGAGGGCUCUUAAUAGGAGACACAAGGUUUCAUUUAGAUGUCAUCACACGGGACCCAUUGCUAAGCAGGAUCUCUGAGUGGGACUACCCGAUAUUUGAACUACAUAGGCUUAACCCAGAGACCAUACUCAGCAAGAUGUGCUACAAGGUGUUUUUAGAAGUUGGUUUGUACGAGGCAUUCAAAAUUCCAGAGUUGGAGUUCCUCAAUUAUUUUCAUGCACUUGAAAGUGGCUACAGGGAAAAACCAUAUCACAAUCGCAUGCAUGCGGCUGAUGUGCUGCACGGCGUGUACUACCUGACGUCGCAGCCCAUCCCGGGCUUCACGCAGGUGGUACCCGACACCACAGACUCACCGCUUCAUAAAACAGCCGGGAACUUCCUAGCGGAAGAAACGUACGGGAUAAUGGGUGCCAAUUUCCCCGCCCUGGAGCUUAUGGCGCUAUACACUGCGGCGGCCAUGCACGACUAUGACCAUCCGGGCAGGACCAACGCCUUCUUAGUUUCUACAUACGCACCACAGGCGGUGCUGUACAAUGACCGAUCAGUACUGGAGAACUACCACGCGGCAUCCGCGUGGACAUUGUUCCUGUCGGACCCCAAGUACAACUUCCUCGUCCAUUUGGACAAGGCGGAGUUUAAGCGAUUCCGUUUCCUUGUUAUUGAGUGCAUCCUCGCUACCGACCUCAAAAGGCACUUUGAGAUCCUCGCCGAGUUUAACGCCAAAGCUAACGAUGACGACGCCCCAGGUGUCGAUUGGACGAACGAGACAGACCGGUUACUGGUCAUGGAAAUGGCCAUUAAAUUGGCAGAUAUCAACGGACCUUGCAAAAGGCACGACAUUCACGUCCAAUGGACGUAUAGGAUAGCUGAAGAGUUUUACGAACAGGGCGACGAGGAAGCUACCUUGGGGAUGCAAGUGUCUCCAUUCAUGGACCGGUGCAGCCCCCAGCUGGCCAAGCUCCAGGAGUCAUUCAUCAACCAUCUGGUAGCUCCUCUUUGCAAUGCGUACGGAGAGGCUGGACUACUACCGGGACAGUGGGUCGAAGCAUCGGAUAGCGAGGAUGAAGGUGGUACCGACAAAACAGACUCACAGGCGGGGAGGGACACCGAAGAAGACACAGAGGGCGAAACAUCUGCAAGCGAUGGUGGAGGCAUGCGAUUCUACAGUUUGAAGGCAAUAGCAUGGUGUGGUCGACCGUGGAAGAGGCCUAGUCAGCAGCUUCAGCCACGGAAGGUGAGCUGUCUCCAGACGAAGCACCUCCAGGACAACUACGAGCACUGGGUCAACAUCCUGAAAGAGGAGAACCGCGCCAAGGAGGCUGCGGCCGCGGCGCAACAAGUCGUGGUCGACGACGGCGACGACGACGAGACAGCCGUUGAGGAUCAGGCGUCACCUUCGUCGCUCCAGGAAGAGAUGGAGACCAUCCAGGAGAUAGAGGAGGGAGUUUCCACUGCAGGAGGACAGGGCUCUACCAAGACUUCGCCAUGCUCAGGAAGCUGCUAGCAGUGCUGCGAGGACACAGAGUGGUGCGAACGUUGCUGCCGCCGUCGGCGCUGUUGUUUCUGGUGCGUCUCCACCGCCCACACCCGAGGACAAACCGUCUAGUCAUCAGUCCACCCGCCACCACCAGGUGUCGCACCGGCAGACAAUGGCCGCAAUGGCGACAAUCAUAUCAGCCCCUACCGCCUCCCGACGGCAGCGUCACCACUUGGAGAAGACAUCUUCAGCCCCCUCUGUGAACGUUUUCCCGGCUGUCGCCGAGCGUCUGUUUCGGUUUCUAGUCUUCGUUGUACAUACACACACACAACAAAACACGUGAUUGCCGCGUGCACCGAUGCCCAAAAGGGGGCGAACCUUCCGCGACUUGGUCGGCUUGGAAACCCGACCGCGUGCCAUGCUGCGGUAACGCCUAACUUAUUGCGCACGGCGUCGACCGCUGUUGCCGCGUUUGGGUCUGAAUGGAAUCCUGCCCAUACAGAAUGGGUCUGCUUGGUCGAGGGAAUGCGUCGAGUGAACUGAGAGAGAGAGAGGGUAUGGUAACCCUACGGGGUGCAGCCAGCCAUAGGGCGGACAGAGCUACGCAUGUGGUGGUUCAGAAGAGUCAGAUAAGUCCAUAGAGAAAGUGACAAGGUUUUACCCUUACCGUGUGCUCACACGAGCGGCGACAUCCUCACGGAAUAUUCCAGUGGAAGAAAGAGCGAAAACACUGCUCACGCAGCCGAAGUUUCGUCACGUGUUAUGUUGAGCAUUCACACACGGUCCGGAAUGUCGGGAGUGGCGUACUGCGCAUUUAAGCAGACGACACUUAGCAGACGACACCGUCAGCGUGUUUUCCUGUCGUCUGCUACGGAAUAUCUUGUGGCUCUGUAGCAGGAUGUUCCCCACGGUUAGCAGUGUACGUGAAGUCACGACGGUGAGCGCGAGCGCUCACGUGACAGCGGAACGCUACGAUGCUUUUCGCAUCUUCCGCUUCUCGGGGAAUGUCGCUCGUGUGCAUACGCGGUUAGUGUAAUGCUCUAUAAGAUGGAAUAGAUGGCUGAGGCAAAGCAUACUCAUGUCAAGACAUCGGUAAAUUUAGAUAAGCGAAAGCGCAGGUGGAGGCAACACGAUUGGUCAGGUACAUGGUCUAGUCAAACUACAGUGUUCCCCGAGGUUCACCUGCCAAAAAGAAGAAGUGGCGUCACGUUUUCGACGGUUCCUAAGCUCACGAAAAGUAUAUCGCAGAAAUCCUCACGUACUCCGCAGGAUGUGUCCUAACCCAAAGCCCAUUCGUUCAGUUGGCUGUCAGUUGCAAAAUUGCUCCAUCAACCGGGCGCCACCACCUUUCGACAUAAAUGAUUUCAUGAAAACAUCUAAUGUUUAGCAUCUGCAUCAAGCAGAACGCAAAAUGAAUGGCACCCCUAAGGACAUAUAGGUAUAGUUCCCUUAUAAUGCGACACAGGUGGCGCCCUCAUGCUCGGAACUAUUUCACGCAUGCGCUAAAUAUAUUUUUUAAGUAUAUUUUCGGAUUUAGUUGAAACUAACAGGUCCACAUAUCUGUCAUUUCUCUCUUCCUUUUCCCAUCAUGCAACAUCCCCUCUUUGUAUUUACAAGUAGACAGCUCUAGUACUGUGAAGUGCUUCAGUUUUCUCAAUGCUGUCCUGGAGAAUUUUAAAGCUAGAUUGCCAAAAGCUAUUUGUGAAAACAUGCUGCUUACUACACUGAGCUGUGCCAAAAACAAGGUUCCCUUUAAGACAGUAAUGCAAAGCAACCCAGAGAUCUGUCACAUGCGACGUGAUGUGAGCUACACUGGCAGCGAGAAAAAUUCACAAAAAUUAAGUGAAAAAAAUUACAAAAAUUAAUGGUGAAUAGCUUACAAAAUUUAGUGGUGAAAAGAUUAGAAGACCACAAACUAUGAACUGUAUGGACUACAAAAGAUAUCGAACAUUCCCUGAUGUCAUUGUCUUGCCGAACAUAUAUAUAUAUAUAUACUUCGCACUAUAUCUGGCUGUGCGUCGUGGCUCCCAAAACCUUCAUCCUUUCUAUCACUCUCGAAGCACAUGUUCUCAUGAUAACUCUCAGCAAUGGCUCCCAAAGGGUCUGAUGGAAGGUACACUUUAUUUCAGCAAAAAGUCUCUAUAUAUGUGUGAAACCUUUCUCCAUGUACAUAGCGAUGCUGUCUCAUUUCCUUCACACUGAUCUCCCCUCGUCUCUGCCUUUGUUCACAUCAUGUGACGUCACCUGGCACAUGCGUCAGGUUAUCAGUUAUCCAUCUUAACUUUUAUUUGGGCAUAAUAUGAGACAAUUUGUCAUGCUCAGGUUGACAAGUUCCAGCGUGGUGUCAUGAAAAAUGUUAUGUUUAAUGAAUUGGUAAGAGAAAGAACUACACUAGAUGCAUGGUUGCUGUCUGAUACUCAAAGUUUGCUCAUGAAAGCAAAAAAAGUAUGCCAGUUGCACUUUCGGAGAAGUGAACGGCUUUGUGAGAAAACUCCCCAAAGGCUACUACUACCAGAGUUUCUUAUCUAUACUUUGUUCGUUCUCACACAAUUACUAUUUCAAAAUAACGAGUACUGGAUAGAGCAUUUGUCAGCAGAAGCGGAUUUCAACCUGGAACAAAAUUAAGCUCGUUUAGAAAUCGUCUAUCACGACUGCAUUACUUCCAUAGCCCCUCUCUUCUAUUUUGAUAUUGAUGUACACCCUUUGGUUUGAAAGUGAACACCUCGCAACCUUAUGAUGUGACCUCCUUUCAGCAGAGAUUAUGUGAACACAACGUGAACAGCAAGCUAUGAAAAGACGUCCGUGAAUGCUUGCAUGACAGCGGGUACCAACCCCUGCUAUUGUUGGCACAUGCUAGUUGUGUGAAAAUCGCACGUUGUUGGUUUCAGAAUCCUUCAUUUACGAUGGCAAUUCAAGGGCCCUUCUCCUUCGUGUAAUUAUUAUUGCCGCAGAAUACUUGUGGCUUCUCUUUGGAAGCCCAAGUAGGAGCGUACAUUAGCAAAACAAUUCAGGUUUACCUUGAGCACAAUACCUACAUAUAACAAAAGCACAAGAUCAGAACAAGUUCUUCAAAAUGUUGUUGAACUGAUUGCAGGUUGGAGAUUGGAGGAGAUUGAACUGAUUGCUGAGUCAGGUUGAUUGCAGCACUUCCUCCGGUAGACUGUUCUAUUCGUAAACUGUACAACAAAAAGAGAAGUAUUUGGAGUACAAUAAAAGUAUAACAUCGAAACAAUGAAAAAGAAAGUAGAAAUAAAACUAUACUUUUCAUCUUACAUUUGAAAAGCACAACUCUCUAUAUCCAUGUCAACAAAGCCAACAACACAUAUUGUGCAUUGACAAAUCGCAGUCAAGUUUUGAGGUCACGAACUACCCCGAUGUCUAAAUAAUGGAAUGUUAGGAAAAAAAAUACUUUGAAAGCCAAACUGGGAUUCCAUGCAUACAUCGAACAUUUUUUUCCUCCGUCUGUUGUUAGAGCUCUAGUAUCCAUCUGUUCACACUCACUAAAUAAGCUUCGCUACAGUGUACGCUCUCUGAAAUACACAGUGAAGGAAUGGACGCCGUUUCGUUGCCAUGACGUCCUAGCGUCCCCAAACACCGCCUACAAAACCCCCAGUAACUGGGUGUCACUAAAUGAGAAGCACAUAUUUACUCAAAGGAGAAAAGGCCCAUGUUUUUGUUUGUUGUUGCUGUUGUACACUCAUUUUUCUUUUUUUUUCUUUUCCUUCAAGCAGAUUGUUUGUGUACCGCCGUGGUGCCUCAUAUUGUUCCUGUUAACAUUUUCUGCAAUUUCUAACGCCUGUUAAUAUCAGUGGAUCUCGUGCGAGUUACUUAUCGCCUUUGUGUGAAGUUCCUAACGUUUUGGAUGUGUACAAAACAACAAACCAUGUUUGAAAGGACGUGCUGGGUACUAUAGUUGGGAAGAACACAAUGGCAAUGGCAUGGGGCAACAUGUGACAAGAUGCAAGGCUUCUCUAUUUGUUCAAAAACAGUUGUGGUUGAGAAAACAUAUUGCAUCUUUGAAAUGUUGUGUCCGCUGCUUGAUGUGGGCUCAAAUGCCAUUAAGUUUCCUUCUCUCUAUUUUUUUUUUUUUUUUUUUUUACGUGCUGUGCAACAGCGCUAUGCAUGAUGGGGGUUGUGAGCACAGCUUCUGUGCUAAGUUACGAUUAUAGUUUUCACAUAGGUUCUGCAUAAUAGGAAUAUCACAACUUUCGGAGACCACCUUAUUUAACGCAAGCAAUGUGACAUCACUCACUUUUCGAUGCAAACUUCACUGUAAAAGUGCCAUAAAAACUUAAACCAGAGUAUUUGUUUCAAUGCCGUAAAAAUAAUUACCCAAUCCAACACACGGUCACUUUUCUCUCUACUGUGAGAAAGAAACUACACUAGGAUAUCAGUUUAGUGUAAUCUAGCUGAAAAAGAAUAAUGUGGAGUUCAUGUUCCCUACUGGGGUCUGGACUGCCUACCCCAAAACAUGUAAUCUUUUUUUUUUUUUUUUUUCGUGCCUAUAUUCACACUCUCUUGCAAAACAGCACAAUAUUUUCACGACAUCUGAACGUUUUCAGUAAACUGUCUUUCUCAUUAUUGUCAGUUGCCAUAUAAGAUUAUGAUCAUGCAACAGUAUUGUUUCGAAUACUUUCCAAGUCACCUCCAGUAGUACUGGGUGUUUCAAAAGACAGUGCAGAGGUGCUUGAUUCUUUGUCGCUUAUUUCUGCUUUUUCCAUUUGAUCGAAGACCUAACGUAGACGGCAUUGUUUUGAAUCCCGAGAGUCACUGAAAGUUCCUAACGACUGUUCCAGAUGUACGACACAACUUAACGACUCUCCACCAACGGUCGCAACACAGGGCUACCCUAGAUUACUGGUAGUCCGUAGACCUUAACUGAUUAGUAGUCCAGUGGCACUGUCCAACGUUUCCUUUCUUGUUCACGUUCCUUUCAUUCCAUCCAGGUUUUUGUUCGCUCAAAUAAUAAACGACGCAAGUACGAGCCGAAUUAACCAAUGGGUUCCGCAGGACGACGCGAUUUCAUACUUCGACGAUAUGCAUCCUAGCAAGUAUUGCGGUAUUUUACUUUGACCCAAGGCAUAACCGUAUUAAACUCCAAGUGAAGGUUGUCAACAGCUGACGUGUUUACUGCACACAUUGUUGAGGAAAAUGUUGGCAAUAACAAUGAGAGAUUACCUUGAAGGUAGCGGAAGAUUUGCUGCUGACCCAUACUGCACUAACGGCAUGCAAACGCAAGAAACUCUGCGCUUGCGCUAUUACAUUAUAGCCUGCGUGCUGUUAUUGCAGUACAAAAACCAAUACAAGAGUUAAGUGUUGUAGCUUGUCAGCUCUUAUGUUGUUCUUGUUAUUAAGUUUCAUACUCUGCUUCUGAACAUCCCACCCUUUCACAUGUUCGUGUCACCUGGCACAAAUUAUAAAAAAAAGCCCGACUUCUAUUACCUACUCAUGUUAUACUGCCUGCAUAAUACAGCAGCAUGCUUAAGACAUGCUGUUUACUUUGAGAUUGAGUCUCCAAGUGUUUCUGAAUGUUGUACAGAAGCGUCCGGGGCUUGUUAUAUCAUGUCUUAUCUGCUGUUUGUUCAGAAUGUGAUAGCGAGGUCCCGAGCAAUGGACAUGACGCUCAUUUGGUUGCAUGGUGUAGUGUGGACCUGCACAGUGCAGGUCUUGUGUCAGGAUGGACAUCAGAAGAGUGGUGUGAGGUUCAUUGUGUGGCGAAUGCCGCUAUAUUUUUCGGAGAGGCUGUACACGUUGCUUUCGGGGAGAUUGUUCAUUGUUAACGCAGCACCGUUGCAAGGAGGUCACCUUGUUUUACGGUGAGCUUUUUAGUGUGUCGUAAUAGUUAAAUCUGUAACCAUGUACAGUCAUGGUAUGUGGGAACUCAAUUGUUGGUGUUGCAUUUGACCUGUCAGGGACUUCGAACAAUGUCAGUUUUUCAUCAAUUUUUCUGGAUCUGUGUCAUCUUUCUGUUGAGGUUGUCUGUUAUUUUGUCACCUUUCAGUGCAGACUGGGGGGUUCUUUGAAACCCCAAAGAACCCCAGUAAAUGAUUGGCUACUUCAAAAAUUAUUUAGUGCAUUUUAAAUCCCUAUAACUCUGUAAAACGUGAAUUGCUCAAAACAGGUUUCUUUUGCAGAUUUUACAAUAUAGGUUUGAAUGACAAGCUGAUGUAAAUUCCUCUAGCAUCGCAAUUUCAGUAAAAUGCUCCCUGCUAAAAUGGCCAGCGGGGAAUCUUCCGAAUAAUGACCUGCAGUCAAACACGUGACCAUGGUGACAAGUGCUUGUAACGCGGGAUCACUGUAUGUUAGGACUGACUGCUUUCUGCAGUCUGUUACCAACAACUGGCAUAACAACAGAAGCUCGAGCGAAGCAGACAGAUGACUCAAUUAACUCAACAGCAGAACAACGGACUGGUUGUCGAUGUUCCAACCAUGUCGAGGCUCCUGUUGUUAUGGCGUUGAUGAUCCACCAACUUGCCUCCGUCUACGCCAUUGCUGUCAACAAAGGAAUCUUUUGGUAUACACCUCUGCGUGAUACAAACUAUUGUGUGCAUGACCAAGUUCGACUCUUCUAGGCCUUGCUUGUACAUUGUGUUGGUGACGAUGAAGCUGAUGAUGUGUGGACUUUAACCUGCGCUAUAGAGAGCGGGUGUCAAAGAUGGACUGAGAUCUGCAGAUCCUCAAGUUGUCUGUUACGCAUUUUACGUCAGCGAGUUGGGAACAUCUAUCCCGAGCUUAACUGUUGUGUACUUUAUCCGCACAGAGAGAUUUCUACGAACCUUUUAGCAUUGCACUUCUUCCGGAUUAUUUCUUCUGUCAAGUGUAAAGAAAAAGUUUUUCGCAUGGUUUUUCGGCAGGCGAUGGACGCAUUACUCAGCAGCGUUUUCUCUCGCCAUCAGUGUGGCCAACUUCUUUUUGCUGUAGCGGCCAACAAGGAACAAAAAACACUCAUUUUCAUGGAAGGAGGGGAGCUUCCACAGCCUACUUGCACGGUCCGUGCUACUGGAAAACCAGAUGUGAGCCUGUUACACAGUCAGCUGGUGCAUUUCCUGCCAUAACUAUUCGCUAUUACAACGAGACGCGAACGUACUGCUUAUUUACGAGUUUAUGCGAUAGGAGGCGAGGGAUUUGAUUUCUGUCUCGAAUUUAGUUUGUUGGGGCAAUGUAAUAAACCCUAUCCAACUCGCGUUUCUGUUGAACCAGGUAUGGCGCAGUAUAGAGAGAGAAUGUGAACACGGAGAUCGUACGAAAAGAGAUGAUCCUGCCAUUUAUGCUGACCUAAACGAUAUAAAUAUCUGAGACAAACUGGGUAUAUUCGACAUCUAGCAAGCGUGGCAAUGAUGUCACUUUACGGCGUCUACCCGCAAAAACAUUUGUUUUCAAAUCGCGAGCACGCACUGACAAAUCUCUCGUUGAAUCCGAAAUUCGUUAUACACGGAUCGCUGUACAGUGGAUCGUUAUAAGCGGGCCAUACACCAACUGCGAAUGCACAGCAGCCGUAUAUUUCCACACGGUUUUUAGAACGACCCUGCGUAAAAACAGUGGUAUUACGAAGAGCACGACGUUGGAGGAACCAUAUGUGUCCGGCUAUGACUGCGUCGGAAGCUCUCCUUCGCCCGUGGCCCAUUUCUAUCUAACCUUGCGUUUCCGUGGUAUUAACGUGUGUGUCUAGCUUUGAAGAUACUCCGCCUAUAAAUAAGUGGCUGUUGUCUCCACGAGUGGUGUUAGCGAGCAAGGAUGAGUGGUGAUAGUUUGACAUGAACCCUCGUCAGUGUUAAGUGAACUUGUGUGUAUGACCUUCUUUGUGACCCCACACAUUCUCUUUCUUUAUAUAUUUUUGUGAAGAAGACUUAGAAGAAAAUACAAAAUCGCGUUGUACAUACGAACUGUAGACAAAGCCAAAUCGGAGGAGAUAAAGUGAGAAAGGAAAAAAAAAUACACACCUACUUCUCGAAAAACUUGAA